UGGCGGACCGCCUUGAAUUCGUGAAGACACUGGAGAUCGUGGAUAAUGGAAUCGGGAACAAUCUGCGGGAGGAAAUCAAGAGUGGGGACAGCUUUUGCGAUGGGAAAGAGAAUUGUGCACCCCCUGCUCCGCAAGCUGAGGUAGUUUGUUUCUUUCUCUUACCCCACGCCCCCUCCCUCCCCCUCCCUCCCUCCUUCUCCCGGGAAUACAAAGCGUUUAGCGGACAAGCGGCAAACCGCAGCAAUCGAUCAGCAUUCGGAGACUGUUUCUUUCCCCCCACCCAAUCGCAAUGGCUUCUACACAACUGGACGAGGUCUUGUCGGAAGAUCUGACUUGUCCCAUCUGCCUGGACUUCUUCUCCGAUCCGGUGUCACUGGAGUGCGGGCACAACUUCUGCCGCUCCUGCAUCACCCAGACCUGGGAGAGGAAGGAGAAAAUCAGCUGCCCCGAAUGCGGCGAGGAGUUUGCAGAAAGAACCGUCAGAGGCAGCCGGGCCUUGGCGAACUUGUCCGAGAAAGCUCGGAAAUUGAACCUGAAGACAAAAGAAAAGGGGGACAGUUUUCUCUGCGACGAACACUGGGAAGAACUGAAGCUGUUUUGCCAAACCGACGAGAAGCUGAGCUGUUACUCUUGUCGAGAUGCGCGGGAACACCGGGAGCACCAUUUCAUGCCCGUUAACGAAGCGGUUGAAAUAUAUAAGGCUUUGGUGAAAUCUGCCCUGGACUCUGCCACAGAGAAGAAGUCAUUGGUUCUGGAAAUGGAGCAUCAGCAGAAACAGAAGAUCUCUGAGAUUAGGGACCAGUCAGAGGUUCUGGAAAAGCACAUCGUGUCAGAGUUUUCCGAAAUCCACCAGUUUCUCACUGGGAAGGAGAAAGCUUUGAUCUCCGAUCUCCAACAAGAGAAGGAGGAGGUUUUGGAAAAGAUGCAGAAAAACCUGCUAGAGAUCCAGGAGCGUUUAAAAUCUCUUCGGCGGGAACUCUUGAAGUUGCAAGAACAGAUGGAACAAAAAGACAUAAUGCUCUUUCUGAAGGAGGAGACUUGGCGUAAUGUGAGUGGGAAUGAUGAGCACCAGAAAUUGUCAGUCAAGGGCGGCUUUCUGAAUGUGGAAAAAUUCAAAGGACCUUUCUUGGAAACAGUGUGGAAGGAGAUCCUCGAUGCUUUUAAUCCUGCUUCUGUGACCCUGGAUGUGGAAACGGCAAAUCCGAGACUGGAAGUGUCCGAUGAUCGGAAGAGCGUGCGGCUGAGCGGGGUCUGGAAUAGUCUCCCUGACACCAGCAAGCGGUUCACCGACUGGGCCGGUGUGCUGGGCUCGGAGGGAUUCACAGCGGGGAGGUAUUACUGGGAGGUGGAGGUGGAGGGGAAUUCUAUCUGGAGUUUGGGAAUUGCUGCAGAGUCCGUGGAGAGGAAGGGAUGGGUGGGAAUGAUCCCAGAGAAUGGAUUCUGGACUAUCGGACGGGUCGGUGACAGAUUUUAUGUGAACACUUCCCCUGGGUCCCCUCUCCCUGCUGACUCCAUCCCCAAGAAGGUGAGGGUUUGCCUCAGUUAUGAGUUGGGAAAGGUUUCAUUUUACAACGCGGACACCAAGUCUCAUCUCCACACCUUCACUGGGAAUAAAUUCACGGGGAAACUCUAUCCUUUCUUCUGGACUGGGGAUGAAAACAAGUGGCUGAGAAUCUGCUCCGGGUCAGGUCCUGGGACCAACAUUGGGAGUGGGGCUCAGGGGCUGGCACAGAGACCCGACCGAGGUCCGAGUCUGGAAUCAGGGCACAGAGACCGGGCAGAGGUCCGAGCCUGGGAUCAGGGCACAGAGACCGGGCAGAGAUCCGAGUCUGGGAUCAGGGCACAGAGACCGGACCGAGGUCCGAGUCUGGGAUCCGGGCACAGAGACCGGGCAGAGAUCCGAGUCUGGGAUCCGGGCACAGAGACCGGACCGAGGUCCGAGUCUGGGAUCCGGGCACAGAGACCGGGCCGAGGUCCGAGUCUGGGAUCCGGGCACAGAGACCGGGCCGAGGUCCGUGUCUGGGAUCCGGGCACAGAGACCGGACCGAGGUCCGAGUCUGGGAUCCGGGCACAGAGACCGGGCAGAGGUCCGAGCCUGGGAUCAGGGCACAGAGACCGGGCAGAGAUCCGAGUCUGGGAUCAGGGCACAGAGACCGGACCGAGGUCCGAGUCUGGGAUCCGGGCACAGAGACCGGGCAGAGAUCCGAGUCUGGGAUCCGGGCACAGAGACCGGACCGAGGUCCGAGUCUGGGAUCCGGGCACAGAGACCGGGCCGAGGUCCGAGUCUGGGAUCCGGGCACAGAGACCGGGCCGAGGUCCGAGUCUGGGAUCCGGGCACAGAGACCGGGCCGAGGUCCGUGUCUGGGAUCCGGGCACAGAGACCGGACAGAGAUCCGAGUCUGGGAUCAGGGCACAGAGACCGGACCGAGGUCCGAGUCUGGGAUUAGGGCACAGAGACCGGGCCGAGGUCCGUGUCUGGGAUCCGGGCACAGAGACCGGGCGAGGUCUGAGCCUGGGAUCCGGGCACAGAGACCGGGCCGAGGUCCGAGUCUGGGAUCCGGGCACAGAGACCGGGCCGAGGUCCGAGUCUGCAGUUUCCGACCCGCAGAGACGGCUCACCAUCUCCUCUCCUGACCAGAAUGGACAUUACAACAAACUGCAAGGGCAGUAUGAUCUUGUUGGGAUAACGGAGACAUGGCUGCAGGGAGAUCAGACCUGGGAAAUGAAUGUACAAGGGUAUACGUGCUAUCAUAGGGACAGAAAUGUGGGCAGAGAGGGUGGGGUGGCCCUGUUGGUGAGGAAUGAGAUUCAGUCCUUUGCAAGGGGGGACAUAGGAUCAGGAGAAGUAGAGUCUGUGUGGAUAGAACUGAGGAACAGUAAGGGCAAAAGGACCCUUAUGGGUGUUGUCUAUAGGCCACCAAACAGUAGCAUGGAUAUUGGGUGCAAGUUAAAUAGGGAGUUAACAUUGGCAUGUGGCAAAGGUAAUGUCGCAGUAGUUAUGGGGGAUUUCAACAUGCAGGUGAACUGGGAAAAUCAGGCUGGUGCUGAACCCCAGGAUAGGGAGCUUGUAGAGUGCCUACAGGAUGCAUUCUUGGAACAGCUUGUAUGGGAGCCGACCCGGGACAAGGCUAUUCUGGAUUUAGUGUUAUGUAAUGACCAGGAUUUGAUAAGCGAUCUUGAAGUAAAGGAGCCAUUAGGAGGCAGUGAUCACAAUAUAAUAAGCUUUUAUCCGCAAUUUGAGAAGGAUAAGGGCAGAUCGGAGGUGUCAGUGUUGCAGUUGAACAGGGGAGACUAUGGAGCCAUGAGGGAGGAGCUGGCCAAAGUUAACUGGAUGGAUAUCCCAGCAGAAAAGACAGUGGAACAGCAAUGGAAUUUGAGCUUGCCAGCUGCCAGUCUGCAAUUUAUAAACCCUGGCCUGGAUGUCGCCUCGUCUCAUCCAUGUGGACGGACAGUUUAUGGGAAAACAGGUGUUUCGAAGUUUAUAAAAGCUGAAAGUACUUUGAAGCAGGAAGUAUUGGCUGUGAUCAUGGCUUGCAGGGAACAGGAUGUGGGCUGGAGUGAGGAGACAAUCUGCUCCAUCUGCCUCGAAUUCUUCACUGAACCGGUUUCUCUGGAGUGUGGGCACAGCUUCUGUUUUGCCUGCAUCACCCAGUGUCAGGAAAGGAAGUCAAAUUUCUGCCCAGAAUGUCGGGCAAUCUUUCCAGCCAGGCAGCUCAGGAUCAAUCGAGCCUUGGCAAAGCUGGCUGAGAGGGCUCGAGAAUUAAACCUAAAUUUGAAUGAGGAAGAAAAUAAUCUUCACUGUGAAGAACAUGAGGAAGAACUGAAGCUGUUUUGUGAAACGGACAAGAAACUGAUCUGCCUGAUCUGUAGAGAUGCACUGGAACACAGGGAGCACCACUUUCGACCAAUUAAAGAAGCUGUGGAAAUUCAAAAGGCUCAGAUAAAAACCUCCCUGGUCCUACUCAUGGAGAAGAAUUCACUGAUUUCGGAGACAGAGAGGAAGCAGAUACAAAAGAUCAGAGAAAUCAGGGCACAGUCUCAUUCUCUGCAGGACUAUGUCACAUCUGAGUUUGACAGCAUGCACCAGUUUCUCAAUGUGAAGGAACAAGAGUACAUUAGAGACCUGAAGGAACAAGAGAAGAGAAUUCGUGACACCAUGGAAGAAACGCUGAGAAAAAUUCAAGAUAACUUGCAUUCCAUUCAGGAGGAGAUCUCAAAUUUGCAGAAACGGAUGAAGGAGAAAAGUGGAGUGGUGUUCCUAAAGAAAGAAAUUCAUUGUAUGAACAGGGGUAGCAAUGACUAUGAGGUGCUGCCAGUGGCAGAUGGUGCCCUGUCUCUCGAAAAAUUUGGAUUCACCUUCUUCUUGGCAUGGAAAGAAAUGUCUGAAGCCAUCAAUCCAGUUGCUGUGGCCCUGGACGCGGAAACAGCCAAUCGGCUGCUCGAGGUGUCUGAUGACUUGAAGGCCGUGAGGUGGACUAGGAGACAAAAGACAGUCCCUGACACCAGGAAGCGGUUCACAGUCUGGCCGUGUGUGCUGGGGUCGGAGGGAUACACGUCAGGGAGACAUUACUGGGAGGUGGAUGUGGCGGGGAAUCGGGGCUGGGGUCUGGGAGUUGUCAAAGAGUCAGUGGAGAGGAAGCAACGGGUUGAUCUGGCACCAGAGAAUGGAUUCUGGAUCAUCCGGAGAACGGGUGAUGGGUUCAAUGUUCCCACCUCCCCAGAGUCCAGUCUCCCUGCCGGUCCCAUCCCCGGGAGGGUGGGAGUUUAUCUCAGUUAUGAGUCCGGGACAGUUUCAUUUUACAACGCGGAGACCAAGUCCCAUCUCCACACCUUCACUGGGAAUAAAUUCACGGAGAAACUUUAUCCUUUCUUUUGGACUUUGGAUGAAAACAGCUGGUUGAAAAUCUGAAAUAAAAGAUGUUCAGCAGCAAGGCCAGCAAAAUGCUGGAGGAACCAAACUGGUCAGGCAGCAUCAGUGGAGGAGUGGAAUAAAAAGUCAGUGUUUUGGGCCGACACCCGGCAUCCAGACUGUGCUGACUGUAGGGUGAUUGUACGUGUCCCCUGUGACCACCUGGGGUCCCCUGAAAACAGCUCCUUUGGUUCACUGGUCCAUGCCAAACUCGGUCUGUUUUUAAUGGCUUCUAAACUAUCCAAUCUCAGAUAUUAACUGUUUCUGUUCAGAAUCAGAAUCAGGUUUAUUAUCACUGGCAUGUGUCGUGAAAUUUGUUAACUUAGCAGCAGCAGUUCAAUGCGAUACAUAAUCUAACAGAGAGAGAAAAAAAUAAUAAUGAAUAAAAUAAAACAUAAUAAUAAAUAAACAAGUAAAUUAAUUACGUAUAUUGAAUAGAUUUUUAAAAAUGUGCAAAAACAGAAAUACUGUUUAUUAAAAAAAGUGAGGUAGUGUCCAAAGCUUCAAUGUUCAUUCAGAUAUCGGAUGGCAGAGGGGAAGAAGCUGUUCCUGAAUCACUGGUUGUGUGCCUUCAGGCUUCUGCAUCUCCUACAUGAUGGUAACAGUGAGAAAAGGGCAUGCCUGGGUGCUGGACGUUUUUAAUAAUGGACACAACCUUUCUGAGACACCGCUCCCUAAAAAUGUCCUGGGUACUUUGUAGCCUAGCACCCAAGAUGGAGUUGACUAUAUUUACAACCUUCUGCAGCUUCUUUCGGUCCUGUACAAUAGCCCCUCCAUACCAAAUAGUGACGUAGCCUGUCAAGAUGUUCUCCACGGUACAACUAUAGAAGUUUUUGAGUGUAAUGUUGAUGUGCCAAAUCUCUUCAAAAUCCUAAUAAAGUAUAGCAGCUGUCUUGCCUUCUUUAUGACUACAUCAAUAUGACUACAUCAAUAUAUUGGGACCAGGUUAGGUCCUCGGAGAUCUUGACGCCAGGAACCUGAAGCUGCUCACUCUCUCCACCUCUGAUCCCUCAAUGAGAAUUGGUAUGUGCUCCUUUAUCUUAUCCCUCCUGAAGUCCACAAUCAGCUCUUUCAUCUAACUGCCAGGUUGAUGCUGUGGCACCAUUCCACUAGUUGGCAUAUCUGACUCCUGUACGUCCCCUCGUCACCACCUUUAUGGUAGUGAUGGCAGAGGGGCCUAAGUCUAUGUCUUCAGGCUCCUGUAGCUCCUUCCUGCCAGAUUUCCACAGAUGCUACCUGACCUAGUUAAUUGUUCCAGCAUUUUCCAUUUUCUAUUUCCAUACCAUUUUGGCCUAGUAAUUUUCUUUGGGAUUUCUAUUCAAAUAAUGUCCCAGCACUUUACUGUUAACUUUGACCACUGUAAAUUGCCCAUAGGUGUGUGCUAAGCAGGUCCGUUGUGAGUCGAAGGCUAUGAGAAUGAGAGGAAAGAGUGGGUGGUGAAAUGUGGGGACAUGGGACUGGUGGGAUGCUUUGAGAAGUGGCCUGUUCACGAAAAAAAAAUGUUAAUGCUGAAUCGAUCUAAUUUUGAUAAUGUAGUUGAAUUACUUGUUUUCUUAAUCCAGAAUAAACUAUGUAAAUAAACUUCUGAUUCUUACAUUUGUAGACAAUGGUUUUAUAUUAAAUUGCA